AUGAAAGAAACCAAGAAUUUGGAGAACAAUAAGGAAACUUAUGAUGGAAGAGAGGCUGCGGAAGCUAUGGCUAGGAAUACGAUGACGAAUGAGUUGAUAUUGAGGAUGCAAGGCACUGUUAAUGUCGACAGAUCCCAGAAUUUUGCUUCAGUUUUCUCAAAACGAGGGGAGAAAGGCGUGAAUCAAGAUUGCGGCAUCGUUUGGGAGGAAUUCGGAUGCCAAGAGGACAUGAUGUUUUGUGGGAUAUUUGAUGGUCAUGGUCCUUGGGGACAUUUUGUGGCUAAGAGGACAUAUGCUGACAUAGAUCGUGAUCUGGAGCAACACUGUAAGAUUGAUUCAUUCAACAGUGGCACCACUGCUUCAACAAUUGUUAGGCAGAGCGUGUUGUUUUGUUUUGUUAUUCCGCUUGUGCUUUUGUUGUGUUAUUCUGCUACAUUUGGUAAAGAAGUUUCACACUUUAUAUUUAUUGCAAAUGUUGGUGAUUCGAGUGCUGCAUUGGCCACCAUGUCUGAAACUGGCGACUUGGAACCAGUACAACUUACUAUAGACUUCAAGCCCAAUCUGCCUCGGGUUCACAGAGUGUGGCUGCCCGAUAAGGAGUCUCCUGGACUAGCAAUGUCUAGAGCUUUUGGGGACUAUUGUGUUGAGGAUUUUGGUCUUGUUUCAGUACCUGAAGUAACUCGGAGACAUAUAAUGAGUGAAGAUCAGUUUGUCAUGCUCGCAACAGAUUGGGUAUGGGACGUUAUAUCGAACGAAAAGGCAGUGGAAAUUGUGUCAUCAACUGUAGACAGAGUAAACUCAGCUAAUUGUCUUGUGAAGUGGGCUGUCCAUUCAUGGAAGAAAAAGAGAAAGGAAAUAGCAAUGGAUGAUAUAUCAGCUAUUGUACUCUUCUUUAUGUGA